AUGAACCCGGCAGCAGUGGAUGUUCCCUGCCGACUCCUUCUCAGCAGCAAGCAAGCAGAGUUGGUGGUGGGCCAGCGCGAAGAAGUUGUGCGACGCAUACGUGCAGAGAGCGGCGCGAAUGUCCAGGUUCUCGACAAGGGCCUGCCCGCUGCCUUCCACGCCCGCGAUGAGUGCCUAGCCGUGAUCAAGACCGACGGGGCGGCGCAGCUCCGGAGGGCCCUGUCGCUGACGCUGCAGCGCGCCUUCGGCGCCGCUGGGGCGGAGCCCGCCGACGAGAGGCCCCGCACCGUCGAGGUGAUGAUCCCCGAGGUCGCCUGCAGGCAUCUCGUCGGCUCUCGGGGCGACAGGAUCAAGCUGCUGCGCGAGGAGGCGGGCUGCGACGUGCAGCUCGCGCCCGGCGGUGUCGCCGGCGUCUCCGCGCAGCGGCGGGUGCGCUGCGGGGGCCGGCUGGCUGCCCUUGUGGAGGCUGUGGCGCGCGUCCACGAGGUGCUCGUCGAAUUCGCAGCCAUCGGCAUACUGAAUCCGAGGCAGUUUGACCUCCAGCAGGGGUCGCAGGCGUCGGCCGGACCUGCUGGGGCAUCCAGCAAAAACAGUCGACUCGCGGUUCGCAUGCUGGUUUCCAAGGACGAGUGCGCAUGGCUGAUUGGCAAGCGUGGCAACAAGAUUAACAAGUUGCGCGAUCUCGCCAUGGUCUCCACGCGUGACGCAGACCCCGGCAUGUGUGGCGAAGGUGCAGAAUGUGUCGUUGAAGUUUUCGGAGCACCACUUGCUAAGGAGCUCUGUGUGCUGCAGCUCAUCGUGGAUGACCUAGCGUUGAUGAGAGAAGCUUCGGCGUGGACCAGGCUCCUUCUGCCGGCCGAGCUUGCCACCACCGUGGAAAGCUCGUUCGGAGACAUCAGCACGCACAGCGGCGUAGCCUCGCUGGGCCUGGCGCGCCGCGGAGCGUGGGCCAUCCUGGAAUUGUGCGGCGGUGAGCGCGAAAGGCUCGCCGCAGCCUGCGCCGUGCACGAGGCGCUGGAGCCGGAGACCGCACUCAGCCGCAGCGCCGCGCGGGCGGAGCAGGCGCCCGCGACGGGCAGUGGCAUCCCCCAUCGGGAGGUAGAGCCAGGAGUGCUGGCGGGCCGCCCUCCAUCAACGGGCCUCGGCGAUGCGGGUGCCCAGGUGGCCGAGGCGGCCGAGCGAGCCCUGCCUGAUGUACGGGCGCUGGCCGCGGCAGGGCAGGGGCAGAGGCCUCCAGAGGCAGCUCCGUCCCCUGGCCUCGACGCUGCAGGUGCCCCGGUGGCCGAGGCGGCCGAGCGUGCCCUGCCUGAUUUACGGGCGCUGGCCGCGGCAGGGCAGGGGCAGAGGCCCCAAGAGGCAUACGCCACCACCGCUGCGCCGAGCCCGGCUGCCGCAGGGGCCACCGCGGCCGGAGCGACGCGCGUCGGCCCCGAGAGCGGCCGCAGCCCGGGUGCGGCCGCGGCGGCCCAGCCGCCAGCGACGCGCGAGGGACCCGCUGCCCCCACGGCGCCAGGUCCAGGGUCCGGCUUCGGGCGCGGCUGGCAUGCAGCAGCCGCUGCCGCCGUGGCUCCUGGCGCGGGGCCAGGGCCGGGGCCGUGGUGCCCUCCGGGACGGCCACGCGCUUCUCGCUGCGCCUGCUCCUGCCUGGCGGCGGCGCGGCGGCGCGCCUGGCCAGCGAGAGCUCGGGCAUCGCGAGCCGCGCGGGCGUCACGCUGCAGGCCGAGCGGCUGCCGCUCGGAGCUGCUGGCGCGCAGUCCAACGAUCACGGGGCAUACUCCUGGUCGAAGGGACGCCGCUGGCGAAUGCGCUGGCCUGUGUGCUGGUGCAACAGGCGCUCUGGCUCGAUAG